UCUCUUAUUCGUUCUCUCUCUCUCUCUCCCCCCUCCUCUCUUUCUUUAUAACAUAAUAUCAAACUAUUUAUAUUUUUUACAUUUAUAGAUCGGACGUAUUCCCUCGUCGUUUCAACGAUCAGUUUCGUUUCUUCGUCGAUUUAUUAUUAAACGUUUCUAUUUGCAAAAACGCAAAAAUGGAAUUUGGUGAUUGAUCGUUUUGGUAUCUUAUCUUCGACUAAAAUAGUAUUCUUUAGAUACAAAGAUAUUAAAAAAUAAAUCCCCUGAGAGGAAUGAUGAGACUAUCUGGAAAGAAAGAGACAGACAGAGAGAGAGAGAGAGAGAGAGAGAGAGAGACAAUUUUCUAAAGUAAAAGAGAUGUUAUUAACGCGUCACUGAUGAUUUAUUAAAUAGAACCAGAUCGUUUAUUAGAUAAAAACUUUUGAUAGGAAGACGGAGAAGGAGUCACUUUGAACACCGUUUUGCUCUCUAAACGAGAAAACUAUCUCUGCUCGCCUUUCAGCGUCUCACAUGGAGGCUAGAUUUCCGUUUUAAUUCGAUUUUCGGUCCUAAGUUACGUUUAAAGUGGUUAGAAAUUUUCUGAGACAGAUUAAAGAGAAAAUGUCGAUACGUAUCUUUCCAUCGAUCCGUUUCCUUUUAAUUCCAAGUCUAAAUUAGAAUCUUGAUUUGAAACCUAGCUAUCAAACCACUUCAAAGAAGAUUAUGUAAAUGAUUGUGAAAAAAACUAUUGCAUAAUUUCGUGCGAGGACGACUCGUCUUUGUUGUUCUCUACUCCGUUAUUAUUUUUAUUUCUUUUUCUAUCCUCAAAAAAGAAAGAAAAGAAAAAAAAAAAAAAAAAAAAGAAAAAGAAGGUCGGACUUCCGAGAUUGGAUAUUAAUUGCACCGAUUAUCUCUGAAACGAUUAUCUACUUUAGCUCGCGUACGUAAAUUAUUACGAUUCAUUAUAUAUUUUCAAAAAUAUGAUUAGACGUAAAAGCGCAUUCUAUCUAUUUAUUUGUAAAUUCAUAUUAUACGAUUUUGCUUUAAAUUACCCCGUUAUUAAUUAUUAUAAAUAAUAUUAUAAUAUUAUAAAAUUCCAAAGAUAAAGAAGAAAAAAAGAAUCAAGAUCAGCGCAAAAAGAAUGAGCCAGGAUUUAGUUAUAUUAUACAUCAAUAAAGUCGGAACGUGUUAGAUUAAUGUUGAAAGUCCUUGCUAAUCGAAUCGAACGCGUAUCGUAGAUACGCUGAUCAAUACCUUCAAAGUACUAUAACUCGAUGCGAAAAUCUCUAUUUUCAUAAUCGAUUUCUCCUUCGCUCGUUUCCAUCAUUUGUAUUUACAUAGACAAAGAGAUAAUUUUUGCUAUUUGUUCGUAUAAUACUAAUCGUGAAAGGAAAAAAAAACAAGAAAUAUUUAUCAACUAGCGAGAUACUCUGAAGAAAAAAUAGAAAAGAAAAUAAAAAAAAGAAAAAACAUAAAAAAAUAAUAAAAAGCUAAUCGUUGUACUCGAAUAUUCAUCUGGAAAGAGUUUGGAAGGAAUCGAACGAUUCACAUGGAUGAAAUCACAUCCGGCAUCCUGUCGAUUCGUUUUUCUCUAGGGCGACUAUAGAUUUAUCCCUCGUUUUUUUUUCACAUCUCUCCUUCUUCCUCGUUCUCUUCCCCUUUCAACUUCGUGGCGUGGUACAAUCGAUUCACGAAAAAGUUUGAGAAAAACAGGUGCCGAGGAUAUUAUCCGAUAGAUGAGCUAAGGGACUUGUGGUUUGAGAGCCGAAGAUUAAUGAGAGAAAAUUGAGCCACCCUUCUCCAACAUCUUCUCUCUCAUUCUUUUUUUUUAAUAUCGUUUCUUGUUCCCUUCUUUGACUUCUUGCGAGUCUUAAAUUUCGCGUCUCUUUCUCUUUCCCUUCCAAUGGCACAAUCGAUUGCUAUCGCGACAAAGAGAUUGCAUCCUUUUGGUCUCUCCUUUCGCAUUAAAUUCGAAACGUUGCUCGACGAACGCUACUAGUUUAAUUAAUCCUCCUUUCAUAUCGCAACCUGUUGAUCUCCUUUUAUAUAUAUAUAUAUAUAUAUAUAUAUCUUUUUUUUUAUUUUUCUACCCUCGACAUGCCACCUGGGAAACUUCUUCUACAUUGCUACGAGUGACGUCGAUCUCUUUUCUUGAUAUGUCACUUGAGACGCGUUUAUAUUUAUAGUUAUAACAUUUCUACCUUCGAGAAAAAACUGAAAGGAUAGAGGAGAAUCCGUGUUUCAUAUCUAUCAGAUUUUCCUCGUUUCGAACUCGGAACUUUACGAAGGGAAAUAUCGAAAGGGAGAAAGAGAGAUAAAGAAAGGAAUAUCGCAAACAAAUGGAUCGUGCAAUUUCGUAUAUGUAUGUGUAUGAUGUAGAUUUCCGAUCCAAUAAACAAUGUAGAAAAUAUAUUUGAAAAGAGGUGUAUAAAUGUGCGCGUGCGUGUGUGUGUGGGUGGGCGUAUGUAUGUAUCCGUGUAUGUGUGUAUAUGGUUUGGUUUGUUCAUCUCGUUUAAAAGAUGCUUUACAAGAGAAGGAUUUGUUGGCAAAAAGAGGAAAGCAAGGUGCCGCGAACUUUAGUAUUUAAAUCUCAUGAAAAUGAAGAGAAAAGAAUAGUGAUCGAGAAAGAAAUCUCAUGAAAAUGCUGCGAGUUCUUUAUUCAAUGAUAAAUGUUAAGGAACGAAAUCGUUGAAGGUUCAUUAUUGAGAAAGAGAACGAAAUAAAGGAGGAGUUGAAGAUCUCACAAAAUGUCGUCCGACGUCGGUCAGAACAGAGAACAAAGAAGUAAUCGAAAUCAAAGCUAUGACGUUGAUGUAACUGUUGGGAAAAACGCAACCGAUGGCAUAUUUCUAAUACCAGAGUAUUUCAACGUCACUUCUCUGGACAUUAACGCGACCGAGGAAAUUGACUCUUUCUAUUUUUAUGAGACCGAACAAUUCACAGUUUUGUGGUUAUUAUUCGUUGUGAUCGUUGCUGGUAACACUGCAGUUCUUGCUGGUCUUUUGCUUGGAAAACGUCGAAAAUCUCGGAUGGACUUCUUCAUCAAGCAACUGGCGUUCGCAGAUCUUUUGGUCGGUUUGAUAUCAGUUCUGACGGAUAUAAUUUGGAGAACUACGGUGACCUGGCAUGCUGGUAACAUUGCCUGCAAACUCAUCAGGUUUAUGCAAGCCGUCGUCACCUAUAGUUCUACGUAUGUAUUGGUUGCACUAUCGAUCGACAGAUACGACGCUAUUACACGACCGAUGAACUUUUCAGGAAGUUGGUGGAGAGCUCGAGUAUUGGUGGUGGUUGCUUGGAGUCUCUCAGCACUUUUCAGCAUUCCCAUCAUCUUUCUCUACGAGGAAAAACGUAUACAAGGAAUGAAGCAAUGCUGGAUAGACUUGGGAUCUUCGAUUCAAUGGAGGAUUUACAUGAGUUUGGUGAGCUUUACCCUAUUCAUAGCUCCCACCCUUAUAAUAGGAGGCUGUUAUAUGGUCAUCGUAGCAACGAUAUGGUCACAAGGAAGCGCAUUACGUCAAGGUCCUACUAGGGAUACUAGAAGAGCUUCGUCUAGGGGUCUUAUACCAAGAGCCAAGAUCAAAACCGUUAAGAUGACCUUCGUCAUAGUGUUCGUAUUCAUCCUUUGUUGGAGUCCAUACAUAAUCUUCGAUCUCCUUCAAGUUUACGGACACGUGCCGAAAACGCAGACGAACAUUGCAGUAGCAACUUUUAUACAAAGUUUAGCGCCAUUGAAUUCUGCUGCCAAUCCCAUAAUUUAUUGCCUUUUCAGCACGCCAUUCUGCAAAAAUGUACGGCGAUUUCCUGGGUUUCGGGAUGGUGCACUGCAAAUCCACAUCACUGCUUUGGCACCGGUGGUGCUAAAACCGCAAGUACAAGGACGACAGUGACGACGUCCCUGACGGCACAUUCAUCUCGUAAAAGUGGACCAGGGAUGCUGCACUCGACAACUUCGAGAAAGCACGUGAUGGUGUCGUUGGUUUAAAUUGUUUAAAAGACCACCAAGAGAAGGAGAGCAAAUAUCUUAAGCUUUUACUUAUAUUUCUUUCCCUAAUUCCCGAAGAAACACGCCGAAAAGGAAUGGCCGAGCAGCCUAUUUGCGAGCCACCAAUCAGCGAAUUCUUUCUUUAGUUUACCAGAGAGCAAGCUCGGCUUUACUUUAACAAUAAAUCACCUUAGAACGUUCUUUGAUCCUAAGUGAAAUUUUUACACAAAUUUUAUUCAUUUUUUACAAAAUUCUACGAGGUCUCCAAAUUAAGACUACUGUUACAAAUUAUAAAUCGUUGAAAUGAUAAAACUGUUCGUGAAAGUAUUAUAAAUAUUUAUAAUUAGAACAUUUCCUCGAACUGGAUUUCAGUUUUUCUGCAGCAAUAUCUCUUUCACAAUUACUUUUAAUUUUCUGUCUUUCGGUAUCUCAUCGAGAUGUCUCAAAAGAAGAUAUUUUUCUCUCGUAUCGCCAUUUAAAUUGUGUCUUUUAACGAGCACGGACUUUAACCUACAUUUAUGAAUGCUUUAAAGUUUAAAUCCUUGGAGAAAGGAAGCUAAUGAAGAAAAAAAAAGAAAAGAAAA